UUACACUUAGGUUCGAUGACUACUGUUGCAUUCAUUCAUUCACUGCCUCGAUGGCAUCAUCAUCGCUCACACUUGUCCAGCAGAAGAAAAUCGAACAAGCAUACAGCAAGAGAAAAUCUGAUAUGCUUUUCAGCAGCAGCAGCAGCAACGGAUGUCAAUUCGCCCUCUUCCUCUCUCGAAGCCAAAGCACUGAAGGCUGACCUCCUGAGUGUGGUUGCCGGGUUGGAUAGAGGCAUUUUCGCAAGUGACGAUGAUGUUGAAGCUGCCGACCUUGCUUCCAAGAGACUCGAGGACGCUGGGGAUAAAAUUGACCUGCCUCGUGAUCUUGAUAAGUUGCAAGGGAAAUGGAGGCUUGUCUAUAGCAGUGCCUUUGCUUCCGGAAAUCUGGGAGGCAGCAGGCCUGGGCCUCGGGCGGCGAGAUUUCCUCUGACACUUGGUCCGGUGUACCAAAGAAUCGAUGUAUUAAGCCGCGAGUUCGACAACAUUGUUGAGUUUCGGGCCCCAACACCUUGGCCCUUGCCACCACUGGAGACGAGAGCCACACUAGCUCAUACCUUUGAGCUUCCAGGCGGAGCAAGCGUGAAGAUCAUCUUUGACAAAACAUCCAUCAAAGGCUUGGGAGUUCUAAGCGAGCUGCCACCGCUCGACCUUCCGAGGUUACCAGACUUCUUGCGUUCAUCUUCCAGUGGACUGUUUACCGUGAGUUACCUGGAUGAUGACUUCCGAAUCACUCGAGGAGACAGAGGCGAACUCCGAGUCUUCGUCAAGCUCUAGCGGUAAGUUCUACGUGAUAACGAACAAAACGCUGACCGGGAUGUUGUUUUCGGCCACAUUUACCUCGAAGAACAGAUGUUUGCAACGAGAGAAUAAGAAGAUGGCGAAGAAGGAUUGAAUGCCAGGACUUCUUUCGCAUUGGCAGGACCAUUGUAAGUUCUCCAAGCUCCAAGCAAGCAAGUCCAGUC